AUGUCCGGUUUAAGGUGUGUUGAGGAGUUAGAGGAGUUAGAGGAGUUAGAGGAGUCAGACUUCAGGAUUGUGCUUGUUGGGAAAACUGGAGCUGGGAAAAGUGCAACAGGAAACACCAUCUUAAGGAAGAAGGUUUUUCAAUCUGAAUUGUCUGCUGACACAGUGACAUCAGAGUGUCAGAAGGAAACAGGAGAGUUUGAAGGUAAAACACUGGCGGUUGUUGAUACUCCAGGUCUGUUUGACACCAAUGAAACUCAAGAGAAGGUGACAGAAGAGAUCGUUAAAACCAUCUCAAUGGCUGCUCCUGGUCCUCAUGUGUUCCUGUUCGUGAUCCAGUUGGGAAGAUUCACAAAAGAAGAAGAAGAAACAGUGAAAAUCAUUCAGGACAUGUUUGGAAAAGAGGCAGCACUUUACACCAUGGUCUUGUUCACCCAUGGAGACGAGCUGAAUGUAGAGGGAGUUUCUAUAGAAAAAGUAAUUGGUAAAAAUAAAGCUCUCCAUGACUUCCUCAGUCAGUGUCAUGGAGGACACCAUGUUUUCAACAACAUAGACAAAGAUCCAUCUCAAGUCCGUGAGCUGCUGAAGAAGAUCAACACCAUGGUUCAGAGAAAUGGAGGAAACUACUACACCAAUGAAACGCUCCAAGAGGCUGAGAGAGCCAUAAAAGAAGAAAUGAGAUGUCUUAAGAAAAAAUAUCCAGAUCUGACCUUCAAAGAGGCAAGAAGAAGGGCAGAGAAACAUAACAAGUUCAUACAGGGAAUGCUGGCUGGUGCUUUAGGAGUUCUCGGAGCAGCUGGUGGAGCAGCAGCUGGAGUAGCUGUUGAAGUAGCUGUUGGAGCAGAAGUUGGAGCAGCAGUUGGACUUGUGGGGGGUCCAGUAGGAGCUGCAGUAGGAGCUGCAGUCGGAGUUGCAUUGGGAGCUGCAGUCAUAGGUAUAGCUGCAGCAGUGAAAAAGGCACGUGCUAAACAGUGAUAUGUAAUAUUAAUUAAAGAUCAUCUUCAGCUCAUUAUAACAUUAUUAAAAUGAUAUAAAGGGAAAAUAAUCAUGGUAACUGUGUGUAACUUUGUUUUGAUCACAUCUCGUUUAUUUUUCUGCUUCUGUUCUUGAACGCAUCAUCUUCACCAGCAGGUAGUUUUCUGUUAAUGUUAGAGAUCUUCCGCAUUUUAGUUUCAAUAAUUAUUAUUCAUUAUUCAUCAUGUGAUUAAAGAGACACUGGUGAUCUCUUCAGUCCAAAACAAUCCACAUCAUAUUCUUUAAUGUGUGAUUUAAAGGACAAACUGCAGUUGAUUUGUUUGAAUGAUUCAUUAAUAAAAAGUUUAAUCUUGAAUAAAGCUUGUUUUCUUGUGCUGUCAGAGGAGGUGUUGUAGAGAAGGAAAGUUUGUAGGAAAGAUUGUAGAGAUGUUUCUGUGUUGGUAACGUGAGAUUUAAAGCAGGAACAACAGUGACAUGUUGGUUCAUAUAUCACAUGUAUGUUAUCUGUGUUCUCUCAUGUUAAUAAAUAUAAACAUGUCAAAUGAUGA